AUGCUAAACUGGUCGUUCUACUCCAAGGGGAGGAGAAAAGCCUCGUCGUUCUACGGCGUCAAUCUGGAUGCUUGGUUUCAGAAGAACAUGGACGCAGAGGACAUGCAAGAAUUCCUUCCAGAUCGACCAGCAGCCACCAAGAGAAGAUGGUGGGUCCCUAUGUCAGUCUCCUUCCUCCUCCUCCUCUCCUUCGGUGGGUUCGUGUGGGGAACUCUUCCUCUUCAACCCCAGUUGGAGACCAGGGCUACGACCCUGCAUGUCUACUUUCCUCAGGACGGUUCUCUCUCCUUCAACGCUACUACCAUAGCCCCUCCUGAAGCGUCAAGGUUCCACGAUAUCAGCGUGCUGUCAGCAGAGUGUACCAUCUCGUUGAUGGAGGAUCAGGUCAUGUUCAUGGAUUCGUUUGCUGAGAUAUCUGUCCAGGGACCUUUUCGACUCCUCUCAAGAAUCUCAGGGGAGCAAGAGGCCAUCCAGUCAUUCCAAGGAAAGGUUCGCUUCGCAGAUCUGACUGCGCAGCAGUUCAGAAUGGUCCUGGAACGGAAAAUGAGCUUUGGAAUUUCUUGUUCGACACUGACUUCAACGAGGCUGUACUGGUCAGCAUACACCAUAGAGCGCAUCGAGGUGUUCAACAGCACGCUCAACAACGGUCUUGCCGACCUCUUGAACAACACUCUUGAAGGCAUUACCCUUUCAGAUCUGUUUGAGGACCUCCGCGAUGGUUUCUCCUUCUUGGACCAGCGACAGGCGCUGGCGGUGCUGCUCAAGCUCCCCAUGAUCCGAGACACCAGCGGCUUCAUUGAAGCUGUCUACGUGCACCUGCCUGAGAUCUCUUUUGAUCUCACCCUCGGCUUCCUCGGAGACUUUUCUGUCCGAGACCCGGAGGCAGCCGUGGACCCGUCGCAAGCUGUCGUGACGUUCGGGUCUUAUCCUGUCUCGUGGUUGUUGAUUGCUCAAAAUCAGACGUCAGACAACCAUGCUCAAGCGCAUCUCUUCGUGUCAUGUGUCCAAAGAGACUGUGUCCGAAGCAUCCGUGCAGUCAUCGGAGUUGGUCUUGGUGGCUUCACGACGCAUCCCAUACAAGGAGUGGCAGUCUCAGCAACAGCGUCCACGACAUCUGCUCCUUUCUUCACCAGACUGUUGGGAGAUCGGCACAUGAUCGUUGUCAGUUCGCAGCAGUACCAGUACCAUGGGCGGAGAGUUGCGACGGCUCUUGCGGGCUACUCGGACUGUGUCAAGGCUGACAUGUUCGAGAACUGGAGGCUGCAGCUCUGCGCAGAUACAGGAGGGAUCUUGACGGAUAUGAGCUCAGGUCUUAACUUCUUCGAGCUCGACAGACAUCCUUCUGCCAUCCUAGUCCUGGCCUCCAGGAACUACUUCGAUUACGGUCAAGGCAACCCGCUCUUGCUCGUCCAUCUGAACGUGACAACGCUGAGGAAAUUUACAGCUGGGGAGGCCAGAGCUAUGCUGGGCGCGGAUGUAGCGCGCGCUCAAGGCGACUCUGAAGUCGUAGAGUCCACGUUUAAGACUGUGAGCUACAUUGAAGUUCAAGAGAACGACAAAACAGUGGUGCAAAGUUAUUUGGAUGCAGACCUUGGUCUGUUGCAGGACAAGUAUGCUUCUGAUUCUGUCACGACUGAUACACCUUUCUUUGCCAUGAGAGUGAAGGAAACUGAUGGUACCAUGGUGUGGGAGUUUCUGAUCUCAGCGAACAGAACGACUCAAUCUGAUUCUGGACUUACAAUCUACAAGAACACAAUGAUCAGUCGAUUGCGGGAUGUUACCGUUUUUGAUUGGGGUACAGCAGUGCAAAGUCAGUACUCACACUCUUCUGUUUCGUUCAACUACUACGAGGAUGGUCGGAAGAUCUGGGGUAGAGACUCGCCGGAUUCCUUCGAGCUGACGUACACCACGGCACUCCAACUAGGAUCAGGGGCAGUGAAAACAAAUCUCGGAGCAAAGGGACAGAUCGGUUUGCGUGCGUGGGUAGGAUAUAUCGAGAACUGCUCUGACGUGACUUGUUCCAAUGUCUUCUGGGUGCCUUGUGAUACAGAGAGAAUAUCGAAAGCUGGGUUGGACUGCAACGUGUCACUCGACGGCUGGUUGAACGACGACAUGAUCAGCAUCGAGGCUCAGGUGUUCCAUGACUCAGUCGGCGAGACGUACAGAGGAUCCGACAGUAUUUCUGUCAUCACCUCGAACGAGUUUGCUUUCGAUUGGAGCAAUGACUACCAUCAUAAUUGUUCUGAAACAUUCACACUCGACGACGUAGCAGACACCCAAUACUAUCCAUUCAAGAAACAAGUGCGGUGUUCUCUGACAGCUGACUACACAGCUGGUGUCCUACUGGGCUCUGGGACAGUAAGGAAGAGCCUCGACGCUGGAGGUCGUUUUAUUCUGAAUAACAGCGAAGAAUCACUUGGUUCUUGUCAUAGAACAUGUUAUGAUGGGCUAGUCUCCAAGGAACAGGCGUUGGACCCUGCAUACACAAGGUGUUAUACUGGGUCAGGCAAACUUUCGCAACUUAACUUGAGCCUUUCGAUGGAUGGCUUGCGAAACAAUCUCGACGCAGUCGGGAUGCAGUUGAUAGUAGCAGGAUCUUUUCUUGACUACUUCGUUAAUGUAUCCAGCUUAUUCUCGGUCAGUCAGAAUAGCGAACCAUGGUUCGAUUGGAGCAACUUGGUUUAUGGAAAGUAUGAAUAUGUUGAUCAAUGGUAUCACACCGAGGUUCAGAACUCCAAUGAUUACACGAAUGAAAACCUUUACAACCACUCACUCCAAGGCUUUUAUUCUACCAACCUGCAGUUUGGACCCCCUGCGAGUCGCCAGAGGCUCGGCAGCAGCAACAAUUUGUCCUGGUCGUCCUACCAGUCAGACGUCUCCAAGUGCACGGAGAUUUCUUGUCAACGCUUCUCCUCGUUUCAGGCUCACUUAGAUGCGGACCUGAAAGGUUGGCUCAACGACAAGAACGUCGGCUUGACAGAGCUGAUGGUACUCAACGUCACAAACGGGGCAUGGAAUGCGUGGAGCGUGAUCAACGCAAGUGGAAAUGAACUUUCGUUGCUCAAUUGGAGAAUCGACAUGGACGGAGCUAAUUCCAACACGAAUGAGUACGACAGCACGUAUGAGGUUGGCGUCUCAAACUACAGCACCUCCAGCCUCGAUGAGCUCCUCGUGUCCGCCAGCUAUACUACAGCACUUGAAGUUCAACUGUCUGCGAAUGAGAAACGCAACAGCCUGGCUGGUAGCGGCCGCAUCGACCUGCUCUCCACAUACCUUGUCGAGGAGAUCCACACUACUGCUGCGUGGGGAUGUAGCUUGUAUCCCAACGGUACUGUGAUUAGUUGUCAGACCCAUUACUGGGUGACGCAGAACCCUUUCAUUUCGACAACAGCCUUCGACUUGUCUAUGGAUGGCCUGUGGAAUGAUGUCGACAGGAUCGGGAUAGAACUUUCUUCUCUAGCCUUGCGCGAUAACAACAUGUUGCUCAACAGCACAGGCUUCCUGUCAGCCACUAGCAACAGCGAGUCCUUGCUCACCUGGAGUUCGUCGUUGAUCACAGGAUACGUCCCUGCUCUGAGAAUCCUAACAACUCGAGUCAUCAACACGAUCUCACUCAACGCAAAGAGCCUGAUCGAUGUCGGCCUUGAAGGAAUCAUUGCACUUCAAGACACCCCAAGAUCAGCUUCUCUUGCCAUCUCAAACGCGGGAGAAUCCGUUCUGUACAUGAGUGGCGACUUUCAAGACGAAUGGUUGCCUGGACCAUCGAAGCUUGUCUGCACUUCAGUGAGUGUUGUGCGCAUACCUUCUGCUCAGGUGGACUUGCGAUGGACCCACACGUUCCAAGUCGAGAUGGGCCAGGAAGGGAUGUAUUCGGUAUCGUUCCAGAUAGUCGACAGCGAGCAACACGUGAGGUCACAACGACUGUUGGAGUCCACAGACGCCAUCCUGCUAAUCAACACAUCAGUCGGAGUACAAGGCGCCAGUGCCAACACCCUUCAAGACUUCGUCAAGAACUUUGCCAUGGAGCAGACCGGCCUCCUGGUGGACAUGAACGUCGUGGUUGGAGGAAGCGACCGCCUGUCUGUCAGCUCCUUCCUUGGCUCGAGCGGAGACAUGGAGGGGAGCAAGGAGCAGGUGUCGUGCGUGCAGGUUGACGUGGGGAUCGACGGCUGGGAGGCACUCUCCGCUUCUGGUGACGUGAGGAUGACAGGGCUCAAGCUGCGAUCGCUGAGUCCUAACGAGAGCUUCGCGACUCUGCAGCACGUGAUGGUGGAGGCCCGGCACAACAACGACACCAUGCUACUUCAACGCACCAACGACGUGUACCAGGGAAGCAGACCCACUUGCAACGUCGUCACCGCAGGAAGACUACUCAUGUUCGUCGACAUGAUCUGCCAGCCAGGGUACUGCAAGGACCAAAGUGGCUACUGCUUGCCCUGCAGCGAGGAAUUGCAGGAGGAGGAGGUGAUGGAGGCACCUGUAUCCACUACUCCCUUGCCUCCUCCUCCUCCUCCUCCUCCUCCCGCUCAGGUCAUGGCGCGUAACGACACUCUCGCGAGAGCGACUUCGACAGUGACCACGGUGAUCACGACAACCACAGCGAUCGCUGCCUCCUCUGUCGCCGUCAGCGCCGUAGCAUCAGCCGUGCUGCCCUCCCUCUCAUCAGCUGGAGCCUCUGGAGCUGGAGGGAGGAGCGGGUCUCUCGCCACCUCUCUCAUCUUGCAGACUCAGUUCAUCGCGAUCACGGGUCAGAUCGGGGGCAACAGCAGCACCGGCGCGGUCUCGGAGUUCUCCUCCCAGCUCGGUUGGUCCAACUACAAGUUCUUCUCCCUCUUCAAGGGCGACACCAACACGACCUGCGACCGAGCCAAGCAGUCCAGCAACGAGCUCUUCUCGACUCUCAUCGCCUGCUCGGGAACCCUUGCGCUCGCCGCCGUUCUUCGCGUCACUAUCAAUCAGGUCGGAAAGUUCUGCAGGAAUCAAGACAUCGCCAUGCAGGACUCGCGUGCCAUCCCCUUUCCCAAGUGGGAGCUUGCGCUCUCCCUCACGCAGGUUCAGGGGCUUGCUCUUGCUACUACCUCUGCCAUGGCGAGCCAGUGCCUGCUGUACAUCAUCUUGGGAGCGGUCUUCUUCCUUGCCCUCUUCCUCGAGGUCCUUUCGAUGUUUCGGUUGGCCUGGCAGGCAAAGAGAGGAAAGAUCUUGUGGCAGACGAAGAUGUUCCAUGACGCCUGGAUGGAGCUGAAGCACGACAUGUCAGAGCUCAAGAAGGAGAAGAAAGUAGCAACAGUCAGUCACGCCAUCAGCACUCCUUUCAUCCGAGGAAACUGGAACGUCGACGGGGAUCCUGAGCGGCAUGACCAGUCUCAAAGCUUCAUGAGUCGCUUCGGCAUCCUGAUCGAGGAGGUAUGCUCGCAUGCCUGGUGGUUCUCCGUCUACUCCAUCGGCACCAAGGUGCUCCAUGCUCUCAUCAUCAACCUCACCAACAACGAGACUGCUAGGAGCUCCAGCAUGACUGCCUGCAUCCUCCUUGACCUCGUCCUCAUUGUUAUCUUCACACCGCAGAUCGACUGGCGCGAUUGGGUGACGCAGCUGCUGGCGGCCCUGGGCAACCUUGGGAUCUGCUUGACUUUCUUCUUACGGAACCUUGACAAGAUCAACGACGCGCAGGUCAAUAGCAUGUUCUUUGCCUUCGUCGUCAUCUCCAUCAUGCCGAUGGUUCUUGCCAGCCUGGCCAAGGACAUGUUCAAGGCUUCCGGAGCUGUCUUUCAGUUCGUAACGAUCUUCAAGCUAGAAUCAAAAGAGGAGGAGGACAAGCAGAGGACAGAGCGAGAGAGGCAGAGCAUGCCAUGCCAGAUCGUCGAAUGCGUUGAUGUUCAGCCCGACAAGCAAAAGAAGCGCAAGAAGCGAGUACGGAGCAGUCAUGGGCGAAUCCGGUACAAGGACGGGUUCUGUCACUUCGAAAUCAAGAAGGUUGAAGUUAUGAUUUCGAUUGUUUCUGAUAAGUCUUGCUCGUUCAUGUUCUUUAUGAAAUAG